GCCGAUUUCAGGUCUUGGCCCUAGGAUAUGCAUUUCGUGGUCCUUGUUACUUGAACUUGAAGUUGAAAACAAAUUUCUUCGAGCGCCGCAUGCUGUUUUUGGUUCAGGAGCUGUCCUUUUUAUCACACCCGUUCUGGACAGCAAACACCACCUGCCGGGAACUUGGAUUUGAAAGCGUUGUAAAAAGAAGUAGUCGCUAUGGGCGAUGUUGUGGCAAACGGUGCACAAGUUGGCCCUCCGAAAGCAGAUGCCAACGGCCUUGCAAGGUCAGAAGAGGAGACCGGCUUCAGACCAGACGAGCCGGGAGUCGGAGAGGAGAGCUUUGACGAUGCGAGCGACUCUUCUCUAGGACAGGAGGUAGAGGCUCUGUUGAGUGAGAUGCGGAAAGCGAUCACAGAUCUGGGGCUGUCGGGAGACGCUUACAAGGGGCCCGAUUUGAUGCGCUUCUUGCGGGCGAGGAGUAACAACGUAAAGAAGGCAUCAAAGCUGUUUGUGGAUCAUGAGAACUUUCGCAAGACAUUCUGUCCUAAGGGGUACAUCAGUGAGGACGAGGUCGCAAACGAGCUGGCCGCAAAGAAGGCAACCCUGCAGGGGUUGGACAAGGAGGGUCACCCGCUGUCGAUCGGCUGCACAAAGUACCACAUAGCGGCUAAGAGGGAUCUUGAGGAGUUUAAGAGGUUCCUUGUGUAUUCUUUGGACAAGAUUAUCGCUGCCAUGCCCCCCGGCGUGGAGCAAUUUGUCUCGUUCCUGGACCUUACGGGCAUCGGUUACUCAAACCUCGACUCGGCCGCCCUCCGUCACAUCUUCGAUUUCCUUCAGGGCUACUAUCCCGAGAGGCUGUCCAAGCUCUAUUUUCUGAACGCUCCCUUCAUCUUUGGCACGAUCUGGAAGGUCGUCAGCCCCUUCAUCGACGCGAGGACGCGGAAAAAGAUUAUCUUUUGUACAACCAAGAAUUUGGCGGACACGUUCCUUCCCCACGUCGACCUUAAGAUAGUCCCCGCCGAAUAUGGGGGCAGCGGGUCUUUCAUCUACAUUCAAGACUAUUACGUGCCGGGUUAUGCUCCGGACGAAGAGAAGCGGGCCAAGCCGACGCAAGCGAGUUCGGUGUCCGUUUAGGCGCAGAUUGCGCAUCUCGAUACAUCUUGUAGAAAUUCGUCUGCGGUCGGAUGCGGCAAGAGGCCUUUUCUGCGGUCAAUGUAGGGAGGGCGACUCUCGAAAGAGAGCAUUCAUUGCGGGCGAGGUGAUCGAAUGCCUGGACGUUUGAAGUCGUCGGCGACCACCUUGGUUUUGGACAGUUCCAAACAAUAUUUUUGGGUGAGGUACAGUGUUGAGGCAGCCUUGCAUGUUCGACCCGCUAGCCCUAGCUUGAUAGGUUGCAGCAUCGAUUUGAUAGGAGGACUGGCAGAGUUCUGCACGCACCGCCUGUAUCGUUGACAUGAUCAGCUGAGCUGUUUAGCGCGAGCCAUGGCAACAACUUCGCUUAUCAAUAGUUCAACUUUAGGUAAUGCGCUCGAUCCAACCACGAACGGUACAGUCAGCUUAGUAAGUAUUCACGAGGCAGCGCUGGCCAGGGUACAUUCAUAUUAUCCGCCUCAGGGUUGCGGCUCAUCAAGCUGUACCUCUCAUGUCUAG